AUGAAUAAUCUAGGAUAUAUUGUGUUUCUGUUCAUGUUGUGCCAUCCAAAUUUUCUUGGUAUUAAUAUCAAGUUAGUUUCUGGCCAAUGUAUCAAGGAUCAGAGUGCCAUUUUGCUGCAAUUGCGAGACACGCUUACUUUCAAUUCCUCGCGUUCGACAAAAUUGGUGUCAUGGGAUUCAAAUACAGAUUGUUGUAUAUGGAAUGGUGUAGCCUGCAACCUUCAAGGUCAAGUCACUGGUCUCGACUUGAGCAACGAAAUGAUAUAUGGUGGCAUCAAUGAUUCAAGUACUCUCUUCAAGCUUGAGAAGCUUAAGAGGUUGAACUUGGCAUACAAUAAUUUUAACUUCAAAUCGAUCCCUUCAAGGUUAAGCAAUUUUACGAGUUUGGUUUAUUUAAAUUUGUCAAAUGCAUUGUUUUCUGGACAAAUUCCAAGAGAAAUUUCGGAAAUGACAAGUUUGGAGGUUCUUGAUAUUUCAUCAAGUUUUUCAUUUGGAGAUGCUUCACUUAAAUUGGAGAGACCGAAUUUGGGAGUGCUUGUAAAGAACCUCCAACGUCUAACGGAUCUUUAUUUAGAUGGUGUAAACAUAUCAUCACAAAAAUCAGAUUGGUGCCAGGUUUUGUCAUCAAAUUUGCCUAAUUUGAAAGUAGUAAGCUUGUCAAAUUGUUACUUAUUAGGACCAAUCGACGAAUCCCUUAGCAAGCUACGAUCUCUUUCCAUUCUUAACCUGUCCGGGAAUAAUCUUAGUACUCAUGUGCCUGAUUUCUUUGCAAAUUUCACAAAGCUGAAAGUUCUCAAUCUGCACAAUUGUAACUUGAAGGGAAUUUUUCCAAAGAAUGUCCUAAAAUUACCAAGUCUAGAGUUUUUGGACUUGUCAAUAAAUAACCUUAAUGGUUCUCUGCCUAGUUUUCCUAAAACCGGCUUACUCCAAACUUUAGUCCUUAGUCUGACACACUUUUCCGGGGUAAUCCCAGAAUCAGUUGGCGACCUGAAGAUGCUAUCUAGACUAGAGUUGGACCGUUGUCGGUUUAAUGGGCAUAUUCCACAAUCCAUAGGAAACCUUACAAAACUUUCAAAACUAGACUUAUCAUCCAACAAUUUUAGUGGCAAAAUUCCUUCUUUCAAGUUAUGCAGUAAUCUUAACCAUAUAGACCUCUCACUAAAUAGUUUGUCUAGCUCAAUUCCUUCUGAUCACUUCCAAGGACUUCAUAAUCUUACUUUCGUUGAUCUGAAAUUCAACGCAUUUAGUGGGGCUUUACCUUCCUCAUUGUUCUCUCUGCCACAAGUGCAAUGGAUAGACCUUUCAAAUAAUAACUUUAACGGUCCACUCGUGAAUUUGUCUGAUGUAUCCACAUUCUUGUUGGAGAGGCUCAACUUAAGCCAGAAUAGACUGGAAGGGGAAAUCCCUAGUGCUUUAUUUUCAUAUCAGAUGCUCAAGGUCCUCGUAUUGUCAACAAACAACUUAAGCGGCACCAUACUAAUGGAAUCCAUUAAGGGUCUGCGCAACAUUGCAACGCUUGAUUUGUCAUACAAUAACAUGUCUAUUGAAACAAGACUCGAGGAAUCUAACAUUUCCCCUUUUCCCCAAUUUUCGUCUUUGCAGUUGGCUUCAUGUAAUCUGCAAAACUUUCCUAAUCUACGAAACCAAACAAGAUUGUCCACACUUGAUCUUUCAGACAACAAAAUUGGUGGAGAAAUACCAAGUUGGAUAUGGGGUGGAAUGCUUUCAUAUUUGAACCUCUCACGAAAUCAGCUAGUUAGUUUUGAAAAACCAUAUGCGUUUCCAAGAAAUCUAAGGGUGCUUGACUUACAUUCGAAUCAAAUGAGUUGGGUAGUUCCGGUACCACCUCCAUUUGUGAUAUAUAUCGAUUACUCUAACAAUUUUUUCAAUUCUUCAAUCUCCGAGAGUAUUGGAAGUAACCUAUCUGUGGCCAUGUUCUUCUCUAUUUCUCAUAACUCACUCAUCGGGCCGCUCCCUCAAACCAUAUGCAAUGCUAGAGACCUAAAGGUGCUAGAUUUAUCACAUAAUGGUUUAGAUGGAACGAUACCAAGAUGUUUGCUUGAACUUGGAGGGAGUUUGGAGAUACUAAAUUUAGGAAGCAAUAAUUUCAAUGGUCCUAUUGUGAAUUCAUUUACCAGCAACUGCAGCCUGAAAACUCUAGAUCUAAAUGGCAACUCAAUCGAAGGCAAGAUUCCAUCGUCCCUUGUGAACUGCAAAAUGUUGGAGGUGUUAAAUCUUGGAAACAACAAGAUAAAUGACACUUAUCCAUGUUUUUUGAGAAACAACAUCAACUUGAGUGUUCUAGUUUUACGAUCCAACAAUUUACAUGGGGUUGCACACUGUAGUACUCCAGUCUCAUCAAGUGUUUGGGAACACCUUCAAAUCUUCGACAUAGCAUCUAAUAAUUUCAUUGGAAAUGUGCCAACAGAAUGGUUUUCAAAUUGGCAUGCUAUGAUAAACAAUGAAGACAGAGCAACCUCAGUUGAAAAACCUCUCGGUUUUCAUAUUUUACCAUAUACCAUUGAUGUAUACUAUGAUGUUACCGUGAUGGUUAACAUCAAAGGGCUAGAGUUAACGCUUGUCAAAAUUAUGACGAUCUUCAAGUCCAUUGAUAUCUCAAAUAACCACUUCAGCGGGAAAAUACCAAGCACUAUUGGGCUACUUAAAUCGUUAUAUCUUCUCAACGUGUCAAACAACGGGUUCACAGGUUCAAUCCCUCCUUCGCUUGGAGAUUUAUCUCAAGUUGAAUCACUUGAUCUAUCAAAGAACAAACUUAGUGGCGAAAUCCCUUUUGUGCUCACAAAACUACAAUUUCUCUCUGUUUUUAACUUAUCAUAUAAUCAACUAGAAGGCAGAAUUCCAACAGGGUCUCAAUUCCAAACAUUCACCAACGAUUCGUAUAAAGGAAACAUGAGUUUAUGUGGGUAUCCACUUACGAAAAGCUGUAAUGAGGCGACAACACAAACUCCAAUUUCAAUGGAAAGUCAUUCUGGUUCCUUUCAUGUUAAAGACUGGAUAAGUGUGGAAAUAGGAUAUGUUGUGGGUAUAGUGACAUUUGUUUCGCCAUUGAUAUUUUCUCGAAAGAUGGGCAGAUGGUACAAUCGACAUGUUGAUCGUAUAUUCUUUAAAAAGUUGUAUCAGUAUUAUGAAAGAAAAAACCAUAUGAGGAGAGCAGUCAGGAACCAUGUUCAGAGACUCUAG